AUGAGCAAUAAGGUGAGUUCGGCAAGCAGUGAAUCUGCAGCCGGUGAGACACAAUCUGCAGUGAAUGCAGGUACUGUGGCCGCUAGCAAUGCAGCUACAAUCAAUGAUAGUGGACUUAGCCCUGAAGAAAAAGCCGCUAAAGAGGCUAAAAAGAAGGCCAAAGAAGCCAAAAAGGCUGCCAAAUUAGCCAAAUUUUUGGCUAAAAAGGCCAAGGGAGAUCAAUUCUCCAUGAAUCAGGCAAAGAACAAUGCUGCCAAGAAGAAGAAACAAGACAAGAAGGUUGAACAUCCAAAGUUCGUCGAUAAGACGAUUUCUGGUGAAAAGAAGAUCCAAGUUAGUCUCCAGGACCCCUCAUUUUCGUCCUAUGAUCCUCAGGCUGUCGAGUCGUCUUGGUAUGAUUGGUGGGUUGAACAGGGAUUCUUUGAACCCGAGUUUACCAAGGAUGGUAAGGUUAAACCAGAGGGAUUAUUUGUUAUUCCUGCACCACCUCCUAAUGUCACUGGAGCAUUACAUAUUGGUCAUGCUUUGACUGUGUCUAUUCAAGAUACUUUAAUUCGUUGGAACAGAAUGCUUGGAAAGACUGUUCUUUACAUACCCGGAUUUGACCAUGCCGGUAUUGCCACGCAAUCUGUUGUUGAAAAGAACAUUUGGGCACACGAAAGGAAGACCAGACACGAUUUCGGACGUGAAGUGUUCGUCGAGAAGGUGUGGCAAUGGAAAGAGAAGUUUCAUGCCAAGAUCAAGUCGCAAUUCCAGGCAAUGGGUGCCUCAUAUGACUGGAAUCGUGAGGCAUUUACUCUAGACGAUCCUAGAUCUAAGGCUGUUACAGAGGCCUUCGUCAGAUUGUUCGACGAAGGUAUUAUCUAUAGAGAUCUUCGAUUGAUCAAUUGGUCUGUCAAAUUGCAGACUGCUAUUUCCAACUUGGAGGUCGACAACAAGACUGUUAGUGGACACACCAUGGUUUCCGUUCCUGAUUACGAUGAGAAGGUGGAGUUUGGUGUUCUUACCUACUUUGCAUAUCCUGUCGUUGGCUCUGACGAGCGUUUGAUUGUGGCAACCACUCGUCCGGAAACUAUCUUUGGUGAUACUGGUGUUGCUGUUCACCCAGAUGAUCCAAGGUACAAACAUUUACAGGGCAAGUUUGUGCAGUGUCCGUUUUCGGACAGGCAGAUUCCUAUCGUUACAGAUUCCGAGGCUGUUGAUAUGGAGUUUGGUACUGGUGCCGUUAAGAUCACACCGGGUCACGACUACAACGAUUACAAUACUGGAAAGCGUAACCACUUAGAGUUCAUCAAUAUCCUUACCGAUGGUGGCUUGCUUAAUGAGAACUGUGGAAAAUACGCCGGUGUUAAGAGAUUCGAUGCCAGGAAGAUUGUCAUUGAGGAAUUAAAGAAGAAGGGAUUACUUAUUCGUCAAGAAGGCCAUGAGAUGACUCUCCCAUUCUGUUCAAGAUCCGGUGAUGUUGUUGAACCUUAUUUGAAGCCUCAAUGGUGGGUUUCUCAGAAAGAUAUGGCUAAAGAGGCUAUUCGGGCUGUCAAGGAGAAAAGAAUAUCGAUUCAGCCUCUUUCUUCCGAGCAUGAAUAUUACCAUUGGUUGGAGACCAUCCAGGAUUGGUGUAUAUCACGUCAACUUUGGUGGGGACAUCGUUGUCCUGCCUACUUUGUGCACAUUAAAGGUGAGGAUAAUGAUAGAAAUGAUGGUAAAUACUGGGUUGCUGGACAUGAUUUGGAAGAGGCUCAAGAGAGAGCUGAUGCCAAGUUUGCUGGCAUAGAUUUUGUUUUAGAACAAGACGAGGAUGUUUUAGAUACUUGGUUCUCCGCUGGUUUAUGGCCUUUGUCCACUCUUGGAUGGCCUGAGAAGACCAAGGACCUUGAAAUCUUUCAUCCAAUGUCAAUGCUUGAGACUGGUUGGGAUAUCUUAUUCUUUUGGGUUACUAGAAUGAUCUUGAUGGGCUUGAAGUUGACUGGAGAUGUUCCGUUCAAGGAAGUGUUCUGCCAUUCUUUGGUUAGAGACUCUCAGGGAAGAAAGAUGUCGAAGUCUUUGGGUAACGUCAUUGAUCCUUAUGAUGUCAUUCAUGGUAUUUCGUUAGAGGACUUGCAUCAGCAGUUGUACAAGGGUAAUUUGGACUCAAAAGAGAUUGAGAAGGCUAAAGAGGGCCAGACAAUCUCUUAUCCAGAUGGUAUUCCUCAAUGUGGUACUGAUGCUCUUAGAUUUGCUCUUUGUGCUUAUACUACUGGUGGUAGGGAUAUAAAUUUGGAUAUCUUGCGUGUUGCCGGUUACAGAAAGUUCUGUAAUAAGAUUUUUCAAGCUACUAAGUUUGUUAUGAUGAGAUUGGGUGACGAUUAUCAGCCUCCGGCCACUGCGUCAUUGUCUGGUAAGGAGAGUCUUGUGGAACAGUGGAUUCUCCACAAGAUGAACAAGUGUGCAGAAAAGCUUAAUGUUCAUUUAGAGAAUAGAGAGUUCUAUGAGGCUACUCAAUCCAUUUACAACUUUUGGUUGUACGAAUUGUGUGACAUUUACAUUGAGAACUCCAAGUACCUCAUAUUGGAAGGUACCGAGGAACAGAAGAAAUCUGCCAGAGACACUUUAUACACGUGUAUCGAUAGUGCUUUGAGGAUGAUACAUCCAUUUAUGCCAUUCAUCACCGAGGAGAUGUGGCAGAGGUUGCCUAAGCGUUCCACUGAGACUGCUGUCACAAUCGUUAAGGCAAGAUACCCACAAUACCGGGCUGAGUUUGACAACGCCAAAGGAGUUGCUGCCUAUGACUUGAUUCUGGACAUUAUCAAAUCUGCCAGGUCUUUGCUUUCCCAGUAUAAUAUUACAAAGAAUGCCAAGAUCUACAUUGAAACCGAGAAGGCUGACUACAACUCUAUUGCCGAGGAGCAGAGAGAGGCUAUUGGCUCUUUGAUCAAGGCUGUUUCCGAAGUCACAGUUGUGUCUUCCGCCGCUGAUGUUCCUAAGGGAUGUGUUCUAGAUGCGGCCUCUCCUGACUGUAACGUUCAUUUGAUGGUCAAAGGUGCCAUUGAUAUUGAUGUGGAGAUUGGAAAAGUACACAAGAAGUUGUCAAAGACUGAAGGUGCUCUGAAGAACUUGACUAAAGUGAUGAACGCAGAAGAUUACCAGGUUAAGGCCUCUGAUGAAGCCAAAGAGAAGAACAGAAACACUGCUGCGACUGCCAAGGCCGAUAUCGAGAGUUAUGAAGCCACAAUCGCCAACUUAGAGAAGCUAAAGUUGUAA